AUGAACUUGUAGGUCAGAAAGUCUAUCAAAGGCGGGAUUUAAAUCUGGGUCGAAUACUACUUCACAGUUGCUCCAUAGGAGGUCAUGUAUCGAAUCAUUCCUCGCAGCGAUCAAGGAGCUGCUCUCGUUACCAACGCCUGAGAAUGCCGCUCCGCGUUCACCGACCGUGGCGAGCCAUUCGGGUAUUGGUCCACUUGACCCAAGAUAGGCAAUAGUUCCUAUAAUAGUAAAGCGAAAAACGUUGCAACUCUGUCUUAUGACCGGUUCAGCGCUUAUCCAGGCACUUCAACGACUAAGACGACUCCCUGCAGCAUCCUCUGACUCGAUCAUAAUCAAACUAUCUGUCUCUAUAUCAAGUUUACAUGCCGGGAAAGUUCUCGAUCCUUCUGCCAUUAUAUGAAGGACCGAUUGGUCCAAAUGAACCCCCGUAGGUGAAUUUCGUUCCAAGAGAACGUACGGGCACUGGAAUUGUGAGCGGUAUAUAAACCCUUACAUCCCUCACGUACAACGAUCAGGAUGUCGAACGAUGCCUUCAGCGAGACGCUUCAGUUCAUCACGACUGUUAAACUCAAUGAACUCAACAAGAGGAAUGACAAGUUUGUCGAGCACGCAUCUCAAGUUACCAAAGAUGCAAGCGAGCACGCUGGUAUCGAUCCUGUCACCCGUCUCGAGUUGCUGGUAAAAGGCCUCGAUGCUUGGCCCAACACGCAGCACAACAAUUUUAGCUGCACUGAUACUUUGCGUUAUUUGGAACAGGCGAGACGUGACCCGGGGUUCCCGCCGUCGGUGAUUGAGGAGUGGAUUCGUCAGGCGGAAGCGCAAUUUGGGUUUGAGAGCACUCGUUUCGAGUUCGCUCGGCUAUUUGGCGUGCUUCUCAAUGAAUGGCUCCAUUCCAAGUCGUCGAGUUCUCAGGAUCCGUCGAAAGGCACAGGCGAUGAUUCGAAGCACGACCAGGAUUCAUCUGGCGAACAUCCUGAGAGGAAAGAGACGAAUGAACAAAAGGAGAAGCUGGAGGCACUCAUUUUCGAGACGAAGGAGAUCGACGUCGCUGCGCUGGAAGAGUAUCUGAACGGCUUGUUUACUACCAAGACAGCUAAGGAGCAGCUGGAAUCUAUUCGGUCGCGCAUUAAAUCUUUCGGUCAGUCCUUGGCCGAACGGAAAAUUACGAUAGAGGAGUUGAAGAAGGUGAUUUCGUCUGUGCUGCAGGCGGACGUUUUAUCCGACAAGAAGCAAGUGACGCUGAAGGAGUUUCUUCGCAAUCAAAUAGUCAUGGAAGAGCUUGCUGAUGUGCUCAACAUGCAGCUUUCGACAUUGAAGUCCUGGAGUUGGCCUGCUGAUGGAGUUGCUCUUGAGCCCCGUCGCCACGUUAACGGGCGUGUACGCUUCUGUCUCGACGCAGAGAUUCUUACCUGUCUCCUUCUCCACUUCCUUGGAAUGCUGUGGUCGGUCGAGUUUAAGAGCGCUCUCAAGCAACUCCUCUACAGUGCAGUUUGGAGCCACACACCUAAUAAGAUGGCUGGAGUCGACCGUCAACGGAGAGACAGGUUCUAUGGGAGAGACGGGUUCAGCGUUGACAAGUUCCGCCACCAACUAUACGCUGACCACUUCUUCAUGUGCCAGUUACCAUCGGAGUUUGAGGAGUCUACCGAUCAUUAUGCAGAUGACACUGACGAAAGGCGUCGUGCCAACAACGUCCCGCCUUAUGCAAAGCCCAAUUCUGGUCUGCGAUUUGACUCACCUGUCGAUCUGAAGCAGUCUCUAUUGCACAUUUUGUCUGUGGACGUCGCCUUCAAGAAAGAGCUAUACGGACAAUGCGCGGUGGUGCGUACAGAUCUUGAAUGGUUUGGCCCGUCGUUACCGUUUGCUACCGUUACGACGAUCCUUCGUUUCUUCGGCGUACCCGAGGAGAAUAUCGAAUUCAUGCAGGCUUUCCUCUCGUGUCCUGUCACGUACAAGGACGAUCCGUCCAAGCCAGUGCGGGUGCGUAAACGCGGAGUCCCGAUUACGUACAGGUUCAGUACGCUGUUUGGUGAACUCAUCAUGUUCAUCAUGGAUUUUGCUGUUAAUCAGAGAGUGGACGGCUUGCUUCUUCAUCGCAUUCACGAUGACUUCUGGUUUUGGGAUGCAGAUUCUGAACGAUGCGCAACUGCAUGGGCUGAAAUGCGACGCUACGCAGAAGUGGCUGGCCUCAAUUUUAAUCGUGAGAAGACUGGCUCAGCCGUAAUUGGCGGUAACGCAAUGCAUAGUGGACUUCCCGACGGUGACAUACGAUGGGGCUUCUUGCAGAUGGAUCCUUUGCAGAACGGGCGAUUCCUAAUAGACGAGGAGAUGAUUAAUAAGCACAUCAAGGAAAUGCGACGACAGCUGGCGGCAACCACGUCUGUAUUUGGUUGGAUCCAGGCUUACAACAAGUAUAUCGCAUUCAUGGUGCGCAAUUGCGGGCAUCCGGCAAUAAUAUGGGGACGGGAGCACGUCGACAGCAUUAUUGAUACGAUUGCACAUGUCCAGCGCUCCCUGUUUUCCUCCGAAGUAGAUGUCGCGAGCCAGGGAAGCUUUACCAUUGCAGUUUCGAAGACGAUCGAGGAUAAAUUCCACGUAUCCACCAAGGAUGUUCCGUAUGGCUGGUAUCUUUGGCCCAAUGCAGCGGGUGGAUUGGAAAUAAAGGAUGUCCUCAUAGACUUGUUCCUUGUAAGGGAUGGGUACCGUGCAAAGUCGGUCGACAGCAUUUUCAGGAAGGCCUAUCAAAGGGAUGAGUCGGAGUAUGACAUGGCAAAGAGAAGAUGGGAGAGCAGUGAUUCAAAUGACAGAAUGGCGAAAGUCUCGAGGCUUUCCUCACAUACAGUACGUGGUGAGCUUCCCGUCGUUGAUGCGGAUGAUCCGUUCCUCUCUUUUGAGGAGUUCACAAAGGCCCGUGAAGAAUGUGGCGACUGGUGGUAUACAGCGUACAAGGAGCUGCUUGAGCGUCCAGCAGCUUGCAGUAUCGUUCGUACCCCCAAACUGGAAGCUUCGUUGAAAUUGCUUGGUGAUAGUGCUAGUGCGUUCAGCGGGUCCGGAAACAAUGCAACAUCGGGGUGGAGCUCGCUUCGCCCAUACUGGCAGUGGGUUAUUGCACUUCAUCACGACGAGAUGGUGAAGAAAUUCGGAGGUUUGGCAGUUGUAGAGCCAACGUCUAUCCCGGUGGGAAUGGUGUCUGUAUUUAAGGGUUCACGGAUGAAGUGGGAGCAGUAGAAGCAUGUAAAACUACUUCAUUGCUU